AUGGAAAAAUUUACAAGAAGCCUUUCGAGAAGCCUUUCAAGAAGUGUUUCUACUUCUGGUGAUGCAAAUAGAAUGUGGAGGAGAACAACACAAAGAGGGUUUGAUGGUGGGAGGAGCGUAAGAACUGUCCGUCUUGGAGAAGACAACCAUGGCAGGUUUUCGAAGAUCAAGAAAAUGUUUAACUUCAUUAAUGGCUCUAAGAAAAGUGGGAUAGAAGCUUCAAAAUCUCGUCGAUCAUCCAAGAUUGCUAGUUCCAACGAUGAGUUCCAAAACAGAUUACUUGUUGAAAUUUACAAGAAUAUGUCGUCAGUUCAUGAACUACGUUGA